AUGUCAGCCCCACCAAUCAGUCUUAAUCUCAGCAAUGAUAUCCCAUCAUCAUCUUCGCGCCUGAUGCCUUGUACGCGCACACACUCUGUUCAGCAAUGUCCAAGUUGUCACUCGUGUCGUCACGAUUCCAGCGGUAUUUCUGACCUGUACGAUAUAGCCGAUGGUAUCAGGUCAAUGUCAAUCAACGACACCGAUGAACUUGAAGCCAACCUCGUCAUGGACCUAGCGAGGGCGAGGCGGGAUGUAUUUAGGGCGGAGAAGGUGCUAGCGGAUUGUGUAGUGCGAGAACGCGAAAUCAUGGCGAAUCUUUCUAAGCACCAGUCCGACGUUUCGAAGAAAAAGCUCGACAAAGCAGAUAUAGGAUUAGGUUUGCAAGAACAAUCCAACCGUCGUGUAUCAUCUGACCCGGUUGUGAGCUCUGUGACCACUUUGGCGUCUGGGGCUGUACGUUCUGUGAGCUCUGUCGCCACUUUGGGUGGCUGUGGGAAACUGUCGAAAAUUACCAUAUCUGUGAAGAAAUUUCUAGUUUGCAGAUGCUCCAUGUCCAUCACUCCUCCCCCUUCCCUACCUUCUCCUACCUCUGCCCCUACCCCUGCGGAUCACGCAGGUGACCUUGGCGCAGACAUCGACUCACUCAUUGCUGAGUCCGAGCAGAUGGAUCUUGAAGCGGAGGCUCGCCGCCAUGGCUUCUCGGCCGAAGAGCUCUUUGGUAGCGUCUUCCUCCUAGGCCUGUUGACCAUUGUUAACAUUACCCUCCUCGUCCUCCUAGCAGCAAUGGGUACCAUGAACAUUGAGUCCGCCCCUGCUUCUCUGGCUUAGUAGGCCCCUACAGUUUGUUUUAAGAAGGUCCUCUUUAGAUGACCUGGAGGGCGUAUGUAGCGUUCCUAAAAAGCCUUCAUCGUUACAAGGCAACAUCUCCCCAUAGUUUCUCUUAUUUUCUUUAUUAUUCCUUACUCUACAGUAUAUAAGACUCUGAUUAUCUACUGUUAGAGUAGUUGAUCUUUCCCCCACCGAAUAACAUUUAGUUCGGACAGUUCUCUCGUCUGAAUUAAGUCUAUUCAACAAUCGACUCUACAGUGUGAACGUUUUACAAACGCCACAGUUCUGCACACCUCGGUGAUCUCCGCCCGAGUACACGUUUACCCAGUCGUUUGGAGGUUCUGCCUCCCUCUCCAUCGGUGCAGGAUCGUUCAGAUAUGGGUG